AUGUGGUCCUCGCUCACCCUUGCACUUACGCUGGCCGCCGUCGCCGAGGGACACAUUGCAGCGUGGGCGGAUGGCAUGUACUGCCGAGGCGGCAACAACUCCGCUGUGGACGAACCCAACACCAACCUCGUCGUCAACCCGCUCUUCCAGCUCCCAAAGGCAAAAUGGUGGAUGCAGGCCGACCGCGGGUGCAACAAGGUGCCCCCUCCCGCAGGCCAGUUCCUUGAGCUGCCGGCACGCGGUCAGUUUACCGUUGAGCUGGCCGGCAACCGGGGCUGCACGACGCUCUCCAAAGGCGGCAAGGGCGCGACGCAGUGGCCUGACUGCAGCGAGCACCCGGAGGAUUGGCAUUCGCCGGCACCGGGCAAGUGUCUCGUCGAUAACCCCGAUAGGAAGGGCGGGGAGAUGCAUACCCAGAACUACACCACCACGGCCGGCACGGCCUUCGCCAUCAGUUACCAGUCGGACAUCACGAAAGUGACGAUGGAGAACCUCGUUGUAUUCUCCGUUGCCGAGCAGUGGGUUGGCCCCUCCGAUGCGAAGUGGGAAUUUGGUGACUGA